AGAGAAAUAGAGAGAAAGUGUGUGAAGGACACAGAAACUAGGCAAGUGGAAAUAAGACACUCCUCCUACCUGAAGAGAGGGAGGGACCUGCAAUGUCAGCAGAGCUUACUGAAGCAUGGAGAGGGAGAGAAAGGAUCAGCAGCUUCAGACGUGAGUGGGAAGUGCACUCCGAGAGAGGCGUUGUGAGGACACACAGGGGGGCUGCAUUCUUCACAAGCCUUCCGAACAACUUGCUGCUAGCGGCUCUCCUGAAAAUCAGCCUGAUCGUAACUAGCACACACCUUCGCUGGACUUUAAUCUGCUUCACUCCAACCUGCCUCAGCUCCUCUGUGCAGACAUCCGUGGAAGUUUUGCAAAAAAAAAAAAUCAUCCAUUUUCUUUUACAAGAACCUGCGCUAGGUCAUGCAGUGCUGAUCACGUCUGAUCUGAUCUGAUCUCAGCUGAGCUGAGGUCCGGUGCCACGCUGAUGGAGCUCAAGGUGUGGGUGGACGGUGUGGUGCGGGUGGUGUGUGGCCUCUCAGAGGAGACGUCCUGUCAGGAUGUGGUCAUCGCACUCGCUCAAGCCAUAGGCCAGACGGGCCGUUACGUGCUCAUCCAGAGACUGAGAGACACUGAGCGGCAGCUUUUGGCUACUGAGCGUCCUCUGGAGUCCCUGGCUAAGCUUGGGCAGCACAGUAAUGAGGUGCAGUUCUACCUUCGGCGCACCGGCCCCAGCAGCAGCAGUGAUAGCCACGAGCGCACACUCUCUCUUCAUAAACCCUCUGAAACAGGGCCUCCAAAACGCAGUGCACCCAGAAAAUCCCUGACCUUCAGCCUGGGCCCUUCUUCUUCCCCACGUACCCGACCCAAACAGAACCGCAGGACCCCAAGUACCAAACUCCUGCCUGAGUCCAGAGCAUCUCCUUUGCCUCACACCUCCCAUCUGCCCAGUCUGUCAAGAGAGGAAGUGUUCCGGCAAGUUCUCCAGCAGCAGGAGCGACUGCAGGCACUGGAGGCCCAGCUGGAGAUCCUAGAGCAGGAGAUGCAGGCAUGGGAUCAGCAGGAGGACUUGGCUGCCGCAGAGCAGACGCUGCUGGAAGAUGAGGAGCAGUGGGAGGAGGAGCUCAGGACUGAGAUGCAGCGCGAGCGUGCCAUGAGGAGGCAGCUGGCUGAGCUACACGCCAAGCUGGAUGAGUGCGGCACUAGCCUGCACGAUCUCACCACAAAAUCCACACAGCUUGAGCAGAACAUUCAGAGGGAAAGGCUUGAGGCUGAAGCCCUGCCCACACAGGCACAGCCAGAACACUCUGUGGGCGCAGUACAAGCGGAGCUCCAGAGUCAGCUGAAACAAGGAGAGGACCUGGAGUCUGAGCUGGUGGAGACAGAAAAAGCUCUGGGAAAAGCAGAAAUGCUGCUGCAGGCUAAACAGGAGCAGCUGGACGAGCUGAACAAGGAGCUGAGGCAGUGUAACCUGCAGCAGUUCAUCCAGCAGACUGGAGUGCUCCCAGCCCACAACUCCUCACAUACAGACCUCCACCAGCAGCUGGACCAACAGGAGCUGGCUCAGCUGUUGCAGGACACAACCAUAGACAGUGACUCUCUACAGCGUCCCACAGCUAAGCAGUUUCUGGGGCAUCCGCGCAACCUGCAGCACCCCCUGGUGUCCAGCCUGAACCCUGAGGUCGUGACAUCCAGGGAAUCAUCUUGGAGGUAAAACCUGAAGGGCCAAGGAUCUAUGUACUUAACCAGCUACUGCUCUAAUGGUCCUACUCAUCUCAUCAAUGUAACAAUAUAUUAUGUAUCUGCUGUAUAUACAAAUAUAUGUUUACAUUUUGUUACAUUCCAAAACAUGUAUUUACUGUAAAAUAUUACCACAAAGAUUUAUCUAGAGAACUAUUACUUUUGUUUAUGUAUUUAAGUCUAAUAAAGACAGUGCUUUGUGUUUAUAUACCUUUGGUCUGUGUGUGUCUUUUUAAGCCAGUGUUAUUUACUGAUUUUUAAACUUAAAUUCAGGUUAAGAUACAGGUUUUAUUUUCAUCACAGUAAAAUUAGACAUGGCUCAAAUUGUGGUGUGAUUUUAACAAGUGUCAGAAAUAGUACAGCAGAUAUAAAAAGAUUUCCUCUAAUGCUAAAGGAAACACACAUCCUGUUCAGCUUGGAAAGCGUACUUUCAACAUGAGCUCAUACCUCGUAUAUGAUACUGUGUGCACCGCAUAUCAUGACACAUCAAGAGUCUCAUGAUGGUAAUAAUAUACAAUAAGUAUCACAUGAUACAGUGAUGCACACUGCCUAAUAUUCACUCUGUCUGUUUGUAAGAACAAGCAAGCAAAUAAUGAUCUGUUUCUCGCACAGAUUAAGUUCUAGCAAAACACAUCACUUUGUUAGUUUAUGAAUGUGUGACAAAUAUAGAAAAACAUGUUGGUCAGUGAUUCAUUCUGAAUGCUUUCUUACUAAAUAACGUACUACUGUUCAACAAUCUCAAAACAACGGUCAUAUAAUCACCAUCACAUUGUCUGGACUGCUGCACAUAUUCUUCUGCUUGAUCCAUUCUUAAUCGGUUGUUUCGCUAUUAUGAUCAAUUAUGGAAAAUCGGAUUAGAGUGAUAGCAUCAGGGAACUGUCUGAUGGCUAAAGGAAGCUAAAUCUCAAAUCCCUGCAUCUCUGAGAAUUAUAGCAUCCGUCAGUCCUGCCUGCCAACAAACACCAUUCACACUGUCUACACAGGAUACAGCAAAUAUAAAACGGACGAGCAGGACACAUGACUCCUCUCUCAUGGAAAGGUGGAUGAAUACUUUUGUGUCAGAUGUUUGUGAGGUAUUGCUACACAGGAAGGUCAACAGUUCAGUGAGUUUUAUCUCAUCACACAUUCUCUUUUGUGCACCACUCAUGGUAUAAACACUGGUGCGAGUCAUACACACCCAGCUGCCUACACAAAGCCACACUUCCACAUGGAUAUCAUGUGAAAGAACUAAAUCUAACGUGCUAUAAUCACAAAAAUGUGGACAUGUAUACACAAACAUUUUGUCAAGUUAACGGUAUAAAUCUAUAUACAGCUGCAUGUGUCAAAAACAGACUAGUUAUAAUGGUUAGUGUUGAGAUGGAGGGAUAAGAGAGGGAAGGGAGGAAUAGAGAUGCACUGACACUUUGAUACCAAAGCUGCAUUUUGGACAAUACCCCAUACUGCUUUGACACCGACAUACUCAUGAAAAACGGCCAACACUCUGCAACCUCUAUGCAAAACAUCCCAGGUGUGAUAGUGGUCUUAUGUUCAUGUGCAUGAUCCAUGUUAAGGCAGUUAAAUAUUACAUGUUCACAGAAUUAAAUGUGUUACUAGAUUGUAUUUUUUU